AUGGCCUCCAACAGUGGAGUAAAGAAAAGCUCUCUCGCCAAGGACAACCAUUCCAAGCUUGUUGAAAUGCAAGAACUAGCUGAAAGAAACGCGAUAUCUUCUGCAAAGAUCAAAAGCGCAGCUGAACAGGUGGAUCUCUCGGAAGGGCCUCGUCCAGCCGACAAACCGUCAGAAAUACACGAUAGCGACCAGCCUAACAACAUUGAUCCAGCCGACCAAGCCAAUGCCCCAUUGCCAUCGCAUAGCUCAGUGGUACAGUCUAUCGAGAGAGAUGACACCCCGAUGCAUGACGCUGGCUCGGUACACCAGGCUGCAGAGGGGUCAAGCUCGAAUAUUAAUGAACGCUCCUCUAUGGCCGGUCAUCGACAAAAUCGAACCGAUCUGUCACCGGAAGCACGAGGUGCUAGCGAGCCCAGAGACCCAGAGCUUUUAGCCAGCCUUGAUCCGUCAGAAGAUGACGAGGAAACCGACGCGGUUGUGGAUGGAUGGGGAACCCUGCGAGGAUCAACAUUCGUCAUCCUCCAGUAUGGGCCUCGUCAUGGAGCCAGAUACAAAUUCAAAUACAGGAAUGGAUAUACCAAUGAUGACAUGAACAACAUUUCUCAACGAGAGUUGCGGAUUUCACAGAUCAAAGCUAGCCCACGGAGCAAAGUCUGGCGGUAUACCAAACACAAUGUUGUCGGGAUCUACGGGAUUGCCUCGGAAGAAAGAAAGAAUUCGGAUAAAGAAUACAAGUCUGAUCCAUGUUCUUGGCUGAAGAUUAAAUGGAAGGACCUGAAGUCAGAGGAUACCGACAACAUGCAAAAUUCUUGUUCUUGGAUUCCAAGAUCCGAUUUCACUCGCUUCUGCAAUGGCAAGCGCGCAGCAGACGCAAAAAUCAAAGAGGUCUGGGAGAAACAAGAAGAACGCUAUCUGCGCGUGCUCCAGAGCGACGCUGGAAGAGGCAAUGAGGAUCGGUCUCCCACUCCUUGCCCAUUGGGCUCAGCAGCGAGACAAUCACCAGAGCGACAGCCUGCACGACGUCUCAAUUCACCUGCAAUCCAACACUCAUCUGCAGGCCAACAUGAAGUGCCCCCUUCCUCCACUGCGAAUUUGCAUCCGGGAACUGGGUCGCCAGCCAACCCAAUCAACCUUGACGGAGAUGAGGCACCUCACAAUCCGGUUUCCUCCGGCGCUGCUUUGAACUCGAACACCAACGCCGUGCAGAACAAGUCCAACCUCGCAAUUGGCCAAAGAGCCAUACUCACGGAAGCGGAAUUCAUUGCAGAAAGGGAGAAAGCGGAGGGAUGGGAUGAUCUGGAUGAUAUGCAGAGAGAAAGACGCCUUACGGUGGCGAAAGCCAUGUAUGACCUGUACCAGGACACAAUUGCCCAGAAUAUGCAAUCCCAAGGCUCAGUCAAUACUCCAAUUGGCCAACGACCAGGAGCAGCAGUCGCUGCCCAUUAA